AUGGGUGUCAUGGAGGACAGUCGAGCAUUCCCCUCAGCCUCAUGGGGGGCUUUGAUUUUGUCCUCGCACUAUUCAAGGAGUGACAUCUCUGACCAAAUCCUUGCCCAGGUCAUGGAGACCUACUGCUUCUUUCUCAUGGAAAACUUUAUUGCGCUUCCCGCGUUCACGAACGAAUACGGCGUUCUCGACGAGGAAACCGGCAAGCACUUUAUCACGACCCCGUGGCAGUCCGCUUUGGGGAUGGGUGGUCCAGUUGGUGCUUUCAUCAGCGUCUUCCUUGCCGGCCAUCUCACCAGCAAGAUUGGAUACCACUGGGAAACCAUCUGGGCCCUCAUUCGUAUCAACGCAUUCAUUUUCGUCUUGUAUUUCGCAAACUCUCUUGGAGUCAUGCUGGCCUCUCAACUUCUCGAGGGCAUCCCUUGGGGCAUCUUCAUCGCGAAUAUAUAUAGGACCAGCUGGAGGGUGAUUAUCCUCUCGACUAGCUAA